CUAUCUUUCUCUGUUUCUCUCCUAAUUGUAUGGGCUCUCCAAUUUGGGAUGUAUUUUAAACCUUAUUUACUACUUCAUUGAUCUUCUCAUUCUUGAAUAAUCGUCAAUUUUGAUUCUUUCUCUAUUUCUCUCUUCGAUUUCUCAAUCUCUUUUCAAUCUUCUUCGAAUCUUUUCAAGAAUCGAUUCGAAGAAGAAGGGAAGGGUAAAAAGAUUUCAUUAGGAGGAGAUCUAAUCUUUAAGAAGAGAGAGAUGGGGAAAUAUGCAGAGUUGCUUGACGUUGGUGUGAGGAUUGCGGCGAGGUUUCAUUCACACUGUCCACAAACGGCGCGAUUGUAUUAUCAUCCGCCGCCGCAGAAUCUUGAUGAUCCGAUGGGUCAACAACGAGAUCAGGGUCGAGAGGUUGUGGAUCAAGGCGGCGCUGUUGGUGGUCGGUCGCCGUGUUUUCGAUCUAAUGUGGGUUCGGUUGGUGGUGUGGAUGUUUCUGAAUUUAUUGUCUUUUCUGCCGUUUGAUUUAUAUUAAUAAUAAAGGGUUUUUUUUAAGUGAA